GACCUGACCUUAGUCCAUUCUGAUCAAUAGGGAAGAAAGGGAGGAAAGCGCAAUCGGAUCGUUUACACUGGCUCUGUCGGAGGAAAUAUAGACUUCCCUGACACUUUGUACUCACUGUACGUGGAUAUCAUUGUGCACACCAAGAGGGCGAUUCGCCGCUUUUUGUGACUCCAGCAGAUUUUCUCUACAACAAUGUCUUUCCCACAGCUGGGAUAUCAGUACAUCCGACCUAUAUACCCGCAGGACAGGCAGGGGAUAGGCAGUGGCCGAGCCGGGACAGACCUGAGCCCGUCUGGAGCGCUCUCUAAUGUUCUCUCUACUAUGUACGGAUCACCUUUCGCUGCUGCACAAAGCUAUGGGGCUUUUCUUCCUUAUUCAAAUGAUCUAUCUAUUUUCAACCAGCUGGGGGCACAGUACGAACUUAAAGACAGUCCGGGUGUCCAGCAUCCAGGAUUUGCCCAUCAUCAUCCCGCAUUUUACCCAUAUGGCCAGUACCAGUUUGGUGACCCGUCCAGACCAAAAAAUGCCACCAGAGAGAGCACCAGCACACUCAAGGCCUGGUUAAGCGAGCACAGGAAAAACCCAUACCCCACCAAAGGUGAGAAGAUCAUGCUGGCCAUCAUCACAAAAAUGACCCUCACGCAAGUGUCCACCUGGUUCGCCAACGCCAGGAGGAGGCUAAAGAAGGAGAACAAGAUGACCUGGACCCCACGGAGUCGCACAGACGAAGAAGGAAAUGUUUACAUCAGCGAUCAUGAAGGAGAGGACGGCGACAAACGGGAGGAUGAGGAGGAAAUCGAUUUGGAGAAUAUUGACACGGAGAAUAUUGAGAGUAAGGACGAUUUAGACGACCAGGAUGAACUGCAUUCUGAUUUGAAACUGGACGGCCGGAGCGACUCGGAAAUUUCGGACGGCUAUGAGGAUUUACAUGGACCGGAGCAAAGGUUGUUAAAAGCGAUGGUGAAAGAUGGUAAAGAGAUUCACGGCGACCGCGCAGAACACUUUCACCAUCAUCACCACCACAACAACAACAACCUAGAACUCAAAACCCAACAGGCCAACGGCGAGCCGGUCAAACUCAACCAGGCCAUCAUCAACUCUCCGCCCUCAGAAAACAACCCACCUCCGGCCCCAAAACCUAAGAUCUGGUCUUUGGCAGAGACAGCAACAACUCCAGACAAUCCACGCAAAUCUCCUCUUAUGAACGGGACUCCCGCAGCGUCCGCCGUUCAGACCAUCAUCGCUCCUCACAGACUCCUUUCGUGUCCCGUAGGGAAAAUCCAGAGCUGGGCAAAUCGGGGUUUCACCGCACACCAGCUCGCCUUGCUGAACUCAAACCAUUACUUGGGACUCAGUAACCAGGCUUCGGCGAAUGGCCUUGCUCUCUACAGCAGACAAGCAGAGGACAGGAGUCAAAACUCCGAGUCCACAGUCACAGAAAGAUCUAGUGCCUUGGAAACAGAUAAAAAGUUGUUAAAAACAGCCUUCCACCCUGUUCAAAGACGGCCCCAGAACCAACUCGAAGCUGCCAUUGUAUUAUCCGCCCUCUCGUCCUCGUAGGGUUUUCUUUCUUUUUGUUUUGUUUUUGUUUUACAGUUCUCAUUUUAACCUGUGUAAGGAAUGUAAAAUAAAUAAAUAAAUAAUAAAAUAACACUUCUGUAUA